AUGGAAGAUGCCUAUGCGGGUCUCUGUUCACAGAGCGUUUUCGAACCCAAAAUUGAUUUUACACUUUAUAUAAACAAAUCAAUAAAAUUAUUUUUAAAAGAUAUAAAUAUAUCUAAAUAUGAUAAAAAUAAUGUAGAUAAUAAAAAAGAUAUAAAUACAAGUGAUACCAAAAAUAUUGAAACAUCAAGUGGUGAUCAAAAUGAAAAUACUGAAAAAAAUAAACAGUCAGAUAUUUUAAAAAAUCAUCAUCUUUUAAAAGAAAAUGAUGCAUUUUUAAAUGGUUAUCUCUACUUUUCUAGAAUUGGUCAUAACAUAAAUUUAUUAUUAAAUGAAUUGUCGUCAAUAAAAAAAGAUUUCACUUUCUUAAAUAAAGAAACCAGAAAAAAAAUCAAAAAAUUCAAACAGGUUAAAAACAAAAAUAUUAUAUAUAAAGAUUUAUUACAAGAUAUAAAACAAAAACGUAAAAGAAAAGAAUUAUAUGAAAAGUUAAGUGUUGAAAUAAAAAAGUUAGAUGAAGUGAAAAAAGUUCAACAUAAACAACAAAUAGAAAAAGACGAAAUAAAUAAUUUAGAGCAUAAAAUUUUAAAUAUAGAAAAUAUUAUUAAGUCUAAUAAUGAGCAUAUACAAGAAACCAUAAAUCAAAUUAAUAAAAUUGUAUCGGAGAAUAUACAAAUAUAA